GCGGGCGUACGCGUGGCCCUAGCGUUAGGAGAGGGCGUGUGUGUGUUGUGUUCGUGUGGGCGUGGGCGUUUAUCCCCCCCACAAUGUGUUCAGUGGCGUUUCGAGCGGUUGUGUGUUGUUGAUCGGGGUGUAAUUGCCCUCGACGGUCACUUGUGGUUCGAUAGUAACAGGUGAUCUUCGGCGUGUCGAUCAGGCAGGCCUUUGAUAAUAGUGUGUGGAGAGAGUCGAGCAGGAGGAGGAGGAGGAGAGGAGUGAGGUGGUAAGAUCUUGGGACCUCUGGCAUUGACGGCAAGACCCGUCUGCAAGUGGUCCAGACGGCUGUCAUAAGCCUCAGAUGGACUAGUGUGUGUGUGCCAUAAGUGUAAACAGUGAGUGUGUAGCCUCGCCUCCGAUACAGGCAGUGUGAGUGGCUGCUUGUGUGGUGACGUCUCUCAGGGUGCCUAAAGCUUCUUUGAAAACACCUUUUGGGCCUCAGACGUAGAUACCGGUUUAGUUUAUAGUUUGAGACAGUAAUGUGGAGGAUAAUGUGUUGGUAAGGUGGUGAGUGGAGGAGGUCUGGAGUUUAUUAAUGUGGAAGACUUGCAUGAUGCCUCCAGCUCCAUCAUGUCUUGGCGGCUGUGGCACCUGCUGGAGUGGUUGGUACCUGAGCGGAGGGACCCUUCCACCACCACCACCACCACCACCCACCACAACCCCUACCACAGCCAGUGGGCGUCGUGGGGGCGUCGCGCCCGGGCUCAGGCCCCCUACACUACCACCCAACGCCCCUCACGCUCCCUCUACACCUCCCCAACUCAUGACCCUCACCGGCCUCUGGACAUCUCACCCCUCCUCCGCCGCAGUGUGAGCUGCGUGGAUGACUCCAACGUCACUCCUUCAGGUCCUCACUUGAAGCAGCGCUCCCCUGACCCUGCCACUCGUGUGCCCACUCUACCGGAGCAGCCCUCGCCCGACCCUGGCACUCAAGCGAGCAUCCUCCUGAACCAGCAGGCCGACUCUGACACUCAAGUGGGUACUCAUUUGUUGACGCCUUCAUCCGAUUCCGGCACUCAGGUGGAUUAUGCACUCAAUCAACCCUCUUCUAACCUUGGCACUCUAGCGGGUACUCGCUGCAACAACUCAUCUCCUGAGUCUAGCGCUCGAGUGGAAACUCUCCUGAACCAGUCAAUCCCCGACCCUGGCCCUCAAGCGUGUACCGUAGAGAACCACCCCUCUCAGCCUCCUGGCACUCAGCAUGCAGACCAAAACAUCAAGUCUCCCACAGCUGUGUCGUCAGAGAAUGCGGAUGUUGGCGUGCAAUCAUGUUGGGGAGACGAGGACGGCGAGGUAGCAGCAGCAGCAGCUGAGAGUGUAGACCAGAGUGCUGUUGAGGAAGUAGAUGGAACAAUGAAGGUUACGAGGGCUGGUUCGAGACGUAGGUCUCUUCCAGGUCAUUCAAGCGUUCCUGGACCUUCCAGACUGUCAUUCCAGAGGAGGUUGUCGAUACAGACGACACGGCGGUCGUCUUCUAAAACGAAAAUUAACCUUUCAGCCAACGAGGUUAUGUCCCAAAAUGAGCGUUCGCAGCGUCCAGAGAAUGACAGAGAGAAAACAACAGCAAUUACGAGCGAACGAGGUUCUCCAGAGGAAGACGAGGAGACGGGUUCAAGGGAGACGAGCAAUGUGACGGAAACAGAGGUUCAGCUUCACCUUAAUCUACACCUGCAUGACUCAACUCAGGUGAGCAACUUGAGCGGGGCUUCACCAGGGUACUACGUUACAGACAGAUGCAUGACCUUUCACUCAGACUAUACAGCUGUGGUGAGGUCUGGCGGGGGAGGUGCCGGAGUGAGUGACUGGGCGCCCGGAUGCCUGCAGGACUCGACCAGUUCCUCUGACGGGAGGUUCACAGCAUCGACCCUGGCGAUGGAUGCCGCGUCGCUGCCUCCACUCCCAACGUACAGCUCGUCCCCCGCGCUGCCUCUUGCUGCAGCUGCCAUCAUGUCCGGUGUCUCCAGCCUCAGGUCCAACCUCAAGCACAAGGGCCAGGUGAGACGUAGGAGGUCAGAUUCCGGACACUCUGUCACAUUCGAUUUGCCUGAAGACUGCGAUAAUUUUGGCGGGCUCAGAGAGCGGGUGCGUGACGAAGCUGAACCAUUGUCUAAGUGUAUGAAGGAGCAGAGUAACCGCUCAAGACAAUUUGACGGUAAACUGGAGUUGGUUGAACCUUACCACCUACCCAACGACCCCCAGGAAGGACUCGGGUAUGAACUAGAUGCUGCAGGUAACACCAUCCAGGCUUCUGAAGAGGUUGCCACCACCUGUUCCUUGUAUGGGUUCUCCGAGAGGGUUCAGACCCCAGCUGACACAUUUCCUGACGCUGGGGCGAUUCCAACUAGUGAUAUAGCCAACGACGAUGACGAAUUGACGUUUACAAUGGAGGAGAAUCCUGUCCACGGGCUGUUCUCUUGGCACCAGGCGCACGAUCCAAUCAUCAACGGAGAUUUUGACAGCAAUAUUGCCAACAAUGUGUUCGACAUGAUGGAAAACGAGUGCCCUCAACUUGCCCUGGACGACGAUGUCAUCAACCAAAGUGGAGGUCAGCCAUUGACUACCGAGGAACCCACGCCAUACCUCGACCUGCCUCCUCUCAACUCCCAAAACCCUUCGCCGCUGCCCCAGUACCUGAUGGCUUCGCUGGCGUGGUCGUCAGCAGACGACAGCGGGAGCAGCGGGUCGUCGACCAAGGGCCCAGACUCCGGGUACUGGGGCGAGGGAACGGCGGUCGGGUGUGGCAGGAAGGGAGUGAAGAUUGUGACACAUGGCAAGGAGUUGCAGCUGCCGUACGCCUUCCUGCAGCAAGGACGCCUCAAGCUUCGCAUCGUCAGAGAUGAGGUGCUGGAGGAAGGGGGCUGCGCGCUUAGUGUGCGGGACGUCAGCGAGCUGCUCCACGCGCAGUAUGCCAUCAUCACAGGCGGCAAGUCUCGUGAGGGCUGCCCUAUCCUCACCUUUCCUGACAGAGGCAACUUCGCCCAGCUGGCGGAUGAGGAAUAUCGCAAGCUCAUUAUCUACCUCACAUCUGUACCCUCACUUCAGGACGCGGACAUGGGAUUUGUCCUGGUCAUUGACAGACGGAAUGAUAAGUGGAACUCUGUCAAGACCGUCCUGCUCAAGAUCUCGGGUUUCUUCCCUGGGCUCAUCACAGUUGCCUAUGUCCUGAGACCGGCCGGUUUCUUCCAAAAAGCCAUCUCUGAGGUCUCGAACAAGAUCUUCAGGGAUGAGUUCAAGUUCAGAGUUGUGGUGUGCAACUGUGUAGGUGACCUCCAUGAGUACAUAGACAAGAACCAGCUGACGGAAGACCUGGACGGCUGUAUCCCCUAUAAUCAUGAUGAGUGGAUAGAGCAGAGAGUGAGAGACCGCGAACGUGGCCGAAGAGUAGUAGCCAGGAACCCUCGGCGCCUAUUCUCUGGUACUGAGGAGGCAGCGGUGGCCCACGCUCGUACUGUCAUGGAGCUGGUCGAAGAUAUCGCCUCCACCCACGCCUCAGAUGCCAUCAUAGAAGGAGACUAUAUCCUCCAGAUUCAGAUCCAGCACGCCGUGGCUACUCUGAAGCAGGCGGUGGAGAAGUUCAGCGCCAACACACAGGAGAUCAGUGCCUCACUGCGAGCUUUCACCCAGAAGCUGCAGGAGACAGAAUUCCCAAAUGAUGUUGCUUCUACAGAGGAACUUCUUCGUUCUCAGUGUUCUGAAUACAGUGUGCUGAAGGAUGACUUGUUAUCAGCAUCCCGACAUGGAGAAACGUUACUUAACUGUAUCAAGCGACCGGGAGAACCACGCUCGGCACGUCUAUGUCCGGAUAAACUUAUCAAUGUGACAGCAGUUGAGCGGCUUUUGGUUCAGCUAGAGGAAACGGAAAGAACCUUUGACGAGUUCUGGACAAGACAUGAAGGAAGACUCACACAGUGUCUUCAGCUGAGGCGAUUUGAGACAGACUUCAGGGAGUUGCAGACAUGCUUGGAGGUGUCAUUAAAGCAGCUGUCAGGAAUGUCUGAAGUUGGAGAUUCUGUUUUACAUGUCGACCAGUUGCUAGCAGAGGCUCAAGAUUUCCACAUGCUCACUGCUGAUCAGCUAGAGAAGGCAGAAGAACUGCGAAUCAUCGGCACCCAGCUUAUCGAGAGCCAACACUAUGCAGUUGACUCCAUCCAACCCAAAUGUGUAGAAUUAGUAAGGAUGAGAGAUGCUUUCCAUGACCGUAUCACCAAGCGCCUCGAAACUUUACACAAGUGUCGAGACCUUCAAGAACGAAUCGAGAGAGCCAACAAAUGGUGCACUGAGGGGGUAGAACUCCUAGCAUCGCAACAAAUUGAGAGAUGCCAAGCUCCAGAAUUUGCAGAGGAGGCCUUAAGAGAACUAGAAGAGUUUAUGGCCUCCUCAGAUCACAGUCGGCUAGGUAGCUCUCGGGAAUUGAAGACAAUGUUCGAAGAUGUCAUUACCCCCGAGACCAAGGGUCUGGUGCAACAGGUGCUCAAACGGAUAGAAGAUGUACAAAUGAUGUGUGAGAAACGAAAGAGUUCCCUGAAGAAACUUGCAACCCGCCUGCCCCGUCCUGUGCACGCUGUGACGCCGGAACCAGCCGUACCUUUCCAUUACACCCAAGGACAAGGCGGUAGCUCCCACCCACACUCCCACCCAGCUUCCCCGCUACACGCCGACCUCCCCAAGUCUCCGAAGAGCAUGAGGAAGGCUUCAACGCUACCAAAGAUGUUACGUUUGAAGCCGGGAGGCCAAAGCGUCAAGCGUCGACCCAGACCAGCAACAGUCUGUCUUGGGCAAGAUGUAGACUUUUGCAGGCCAAUUAUUGAAGCUUCAUUGAGGGCACAGCAAAAGGGAGUUUUAAGAAGAAGAGAGAGUUUUGCACAUGGAUCUUUGAGAGAUGAGACUGCCAUUCCAUCACAUUCAUCUGGGAUAUACAUUUUGGGGCCACAGAUCAUUCAGAACCUUCAGCUUUUGAAUGUACACAUGAAACAGUCGGCAAACCUCGGCGACAGCGGGGAUUCACCAGAGUGGACAAGUGACGCUGAGGCAGCACGAGCCAAACGAGGCCAUGUCCUCCGUGAGCUUCUGGACACCGAGAGAAUAUAUGUGUCGGAACUCUGCUCGAUACUUAAGGGGUACAAAGAUGAAAUGCUAAACCCAGAGAUGCAGCCUCUGAUCCCAAUUAACCUAUAUGGUAAGAGUGAUCUCCUCUUUGGAAAUAUGGAGGAGAUCUUCCGCUUCCAUAAUGAUGUCUUCCUACGGGAUCUGGAGAACUGCAUCAACACCCCAGAGCUCAUUGGUCUUUGCUUUGUACAAAGGAAAGAUUCAUUCCAUCGACUUUAUUCAUUGUACUGCCAAAACAAGCCCCAGAGUGAAGAGCUGCGCCGCCAGGUGGGCGACAGUAACCCUUUCUUCAAAGAAUGUCAACGUCGUCUCCACCACAAGCUACCCCUUGGUGCCUACCUUCUAAAACCUGUGCAACGCAUUACAAAGUACCAACUCCUUCUGAAGGAUUUGCUGAAAUGUGUGGAGGGUAGCCAAGGCCGACGGGAACUCCAGGAGGCGGUUGACACAAUGCUCACAGUUCUCAAGUGCCUCAAUGACUCCAUGCACCAAGUUGCCAUUGUGGGCUUCCCAGGUAACUUGGCAGACCUCGGUAAGUUGCUCAUGCAGGGCCCCUUCAGCGUGUGGAAUGAGAGCAAGAAGGGACUGAGAGAGCUACGGCUCAAACCUGCUCAGAGACACAUUUUUCUGUAUGAGAAGGUGUUACUCUUCACUAAGCGUGCUGGAAAAGACACAGAUCGUGCUACAUAUCAUUUCAAAAAUGCUCUUAAGAUGUCGCAAGUUGGGCUAACGGAGAGCGUACGUGGCAAUAAAGGUGAUGUGCGCAAGUUUGAGGUGUGGCUUCAAGGACGACAGGAAGUUCACAUUAUCCUUGCCCCAUCAGUGGAAGUAAAAGAAACAUGGGUGAAAGAAAUAAAACGUGUUUUACUUGAUCAAUUUGAGUACCUAAAAGGGGAAAAUAUUAAGCAGUAUUCCUCAAGGAUUCAAAAAGGUGCAAGUCUGAAUGGCAUUAGAAUCCCACCAUUGUCACCCACAACACAGCAUAGAGCUCUAAGGCAAACAGCAUCAUGGGAUAUGGCUGGUAAUGGGAUGAGUGGGAGCGGUGGUUCCAUCAGCUCCAGCAGUUCUGAGGGUCGGCAAGGAGACAGCAGCAGAGAGAGUGGCCGUCGCUCCUCACGUAUGAUGAGAUCGGUGGAUGCUACUCUUGGUGAUGCUCCAGAAGAGGAAGAGGAGAGCUGGUCGUCAGAUUAUUCGGCAUCGGAUGAAGAGGAAGAUCAGGAAACCUUUUCCGAGAGUACAGAGUACACAUCAUCAAGGUUCCUGGUGCUGGCAGACUAUAAUGCCAUGGGUGGAUCAGAGGUUAGCCUACGAGAAGGAGAUUAUGUCGAUCUCAUCAAAGUGGGUUGUGCUGGCUGGUGGUACGUGAGAGUUUCUGGGACCCCCUAUGAAGGAUGGGCUCCAGCUGCCUACCUUGAGCGGGUUCUCAAGAAGGGCAGCAGGUCCUCUCCUUCAGUCAGUAGCCAGGAAUCUUCUUCAGGCCUCAAGCAUGCCACCUCAAGAUCAUCUGUUGCAUCUCUUUCUGCCAAGUCUGAGGAAGUGAACAUACUGUAAGGAGAUGGAUAAAGAGCAGAUUUGUCCUGGCAUGGCAAGUAAAGCCUUGAGUACAUUCAGAUUUGUGGUGUUUCAUUAAGGAAUAUAAAUCCAGUUGAUUGUACUGUAUAUAGUCCCUUGAAGGAAUUGCUGCUGCAGCUUAUGUGCCUGAAUGAGUGUGUCGUUGUAUUCAAGUGAAAUGGUAACAGUACAUGUUCCUGGAUGAGUGUGUUGUCGUAAUCAAGUGAAAUGGUAUUGGUACAUGUACCCGAUUAUCACGGCCCAUUCUCCAAAAAUGAAAGUACUGUACUUGUAAUAAGUAUGUGGUUGAAAACGCACACAUAUAGUGAUAGACCAGUAGAAAGUUGACUUUCGUAUUAUUGAAUUUGGGACCAUUAGAAAGUUGAUUUCAUAUUAUUAAAUUUUGACAAACCGGAAGCACUUUUCAGUUGCAACAUAAAUACAAAACCUCUCCUCUCUUUUCUUAGCAAUCCUAGGUCUAAAUCAUGCUCUCUUAGGCAUAAUAAUAGAGUACAUAUAUGUACUAUAAUAGGCCUAGGAAUAUGAAGUUUGGUUUUCAACUUUAUUUUUUCUGGACUGUAAAAUUAAUAGUAUAAAAAGUGGUUUACUGGUGAUCCAUCACUACAUAUUGGCACCUUUGACCAAAUGCUUACUAUAAGAACUAUCAUUUCAGGAGGAUGGGAUGGGUUGAGUUAUCAACACCACAGAAAAAAAUUGUGAUUUUUCAAGGAAUAAUCAAUACCGCCAUUUCUUUAAUGUUAUACUCUGAAGGAAUGUGAACGGCACAAACAGUGAAGAUGCAUGUUGUGUUGGUACUCAGAUUUGAGACUAUUGAAUUCACAAAUAAAUUCUUUGACGAGUUAUAAUACAAGUGGUAGGCAGGAUACUUACAAAUUCAUGGACUUCCAUUCCUAUAUUAUUUACACAAACGUUAUUGUCUCGUACUCUAGUGGUGACCUUUUCACCUUCCUCAAGUUUUCAGAUUCUUCUCUAUCACUGCUAAAGAUGAAAUUAGUCACCUUAUAUACAAUAUAUAACCCCCACACAUGUGAGUACACUAAGAAACAAACAUAAGGAAGGGCUCUAAGAAUAUGUUGUCUUGAUUUUAUAAUGAUAAAAUUAGUGCUAUUUAUCAUAAAUGCUUCAAUUUAAAAUACCCCAAACAUUUUUGUUUAAGAAUUGUCAAAUUGUUUAAUACUUUUUUAUAAUUUGAUAAAGAAUAGAAUGCAAAAAGGUAAUUUCAUGAUAACUUCAGUGAAAUUUUAAAAUUACUAAAACAAUUAAUAUCAUUGUGGCAUUUAGAAAGCUUUAUAUAAAAAUUAUGAUUAGAAAUUUCCCUCAAAAUUUGUAAUAAAUUAUUUAUCAUAAAUAAUAAACAAACUGGCAAACACCUAGACUAAAAAAAAAAAUUAUAAACACAAAUAACAUUGGAACAGGUUAAGUCAUAUAGUGUUCACUUAAAGGGAGUGUAAUCAUUCAAUUGACUGGAUUAGUUCAUGCAAAAUAAUUAGUCUAAAUCAGUUAAGUGACAGAAAUAUAACUGAAUCUUCAUUUAUAAAAAGUUGUGAAUUACGUCCAGGAUUGUAUAAAUGUAGUUUCAUACUUUGUAAGAUUUGUGAUAAGUACAAAAUUAUGUAAAAAUGAACAUAAUGGGUUAAAAUGUAUGUGUCCUAUUCUCAUAAGGAUACAUAAAACUGCAGAAGGCCUAUUCCCAUUAUUCAAUUUACCUAUACUUGUCACUUCCUUAUGGUAUAUGUUUAUUAGUUAACUCACGUUCCUUGAAAAUACAGUAUACUAAUACACGAAAAUGCUUGAAUUAUUUUAGGUUUCUGUGUAGUUGAAUCAUGUGUUUUCAUGAUGAUUCUUGCAUAUGUAUAUUAUAUAUACAGUAUAAAUAUAUACCUGUAUACAUAUGUGUGCACAUACACAAACUUUCUUCAUACAUACACUGUACAGUGUGGCCUUGAAAAUAUGCACUACUUUGUAUCAUUCUAAACAGCUUCCUGGUUUAUUUCUAUUCAGUUAAUAUUAAACCUAGUUUUUCAUAUUUAGACACUACACAUAUUGACAAUUUAACAAACAUAACUAUACAGUCUCUCCCUUUUUAAGAUCCCAUUAAUUCUUGUAAACUCCUUGAUCUAACUUGUCAAAAUUUGAACCACCGAGUGCACGUGUCAUUUCUUUUACCUCCCAGAACUCGCCCUCUUCUGGCAAUUGUUACUUCUCAUUCUUUUAAAUGUUAGAAACCAUACUAAUGCUUACUUGCAUCAUACUCCUCGGUCAUCCUCCUCCCUCACUGCUUUUUUUUCCCAUAAAUUUUAGCAUUAUCGUGCUAUUUAGCCAUAUUGACUUUGAUCUUUAGACAGUUGCCAUUACUUAGCAUUAUUGUAUAUAUUGAGAUUCUUUAUUUUCCUCCUAUGUAGUCUAGGCAAACUACUCUUGCUGGCAUACACCUUUUCUACUUGCAAAUUAAGCAGUCUCUAAAGAAAUUUUUUUGAUAAAAUCCUUUAAAUAACAAGAGAUCAAAUACACUAGCAUGGAUAAAAAUGUGUGUGCAUGCGCACAGGCCCAGGAGCUUCAGUCCUGCAAACCCAACUAGUUAACAACACACACACUCAUGCGCUUGCUCACUCACUCUCGUUUUCUCUUGCUUGCUCUCUCUCUCACUCACUAUGGGUGAAACUGCAAUUGACCUAUUCCCAAUAUUCAAGUUACAUAUCACUUUCCGGUUUUGUGUUUGUUUCUUAGUCUACUCACAUGUUGGAGUUUUAUAAGCCCACACCCUAGUAUUAUCUGACUACUGUACUUCAAAAUAGGUUAAAUCACAAAAGUGCUUGGAUUAUUGUCAUAUAUUCCCUUUAUGUAUGUAUGCCCAAUGACGUCCCAUUAACCUGAUGUAUCACUGAGGAAAUUGGUAGGAGCCAUGAGGGGGAUUCGAACGCUCGCACUUAGUACUGUACUCGCAAGCACAUGCCCUAGACCACUAGGGCAUGUGGUCACAAGUUAGGUGAGGUGGUGGUGGAGGCCAAGACCGUCAGUAGUUUCAAAGCGUUAUAUGACAAAGAGUGUUGGGAAGAUGGGACACCUCGAGCGUAGCUCUCAUCCUGUAACUACACUUAGGUAAUUACACUUAGGUAAUUACUAAUAACCACUUACAAAAAAAAUAAUGGGAAUUGACCAAAUUGACAAAGAAGAAUUCCUGAAACCAGCAACUUCACGAACAAGAGGCCUUAGAUUCAAGCUAAGGAACUAAAGGUGCCAAAAAAAUAUUAGGAAAGUUUUUUUUUGCAAUCGGUGGUACAUGGUUGGAACAAGUUAAGGGAGGUGGUGGUGGUCAAAAUUGUCAGUAGUUUUAAAGUGUUUUAUGACAGUACUGGGAAGACUGGACACCACGAGCAUAGCUAUCGUCUUGUAACUACACUUGGGUGAUUAUACACACAUACAAUUGUAUACAAAUAUACCGCAUUAUACAUACAAUACAAUGCAUGAAACCCUGAUUAGGCUUCAGUAGAAGCCUCAGGAUCCCUAGAGGGUUUAGUUGAAUAUCAGUUUGAAUUGCUUUUGAGCUUGUGGUGGUGUUACCAUGUGUAGACUCCCAAGCACAUGUCUAGGGCGUGUACUUCGGAGUACAAAGUGUGUUGGUUCGAAUCUCUCAAGGUUCCCUACUGAUUUUCUCAUAAAUACAUCACGUUAAUGUGAUUUCAUUGUGCAUACGUACAUAUCAUACAUAUAUGGUAUACAGUAUAAUAAUUCUCUGUUGGGGGACAGGCAGCCUGAGUGUAUUCAUACACGUUAGGCUUUUUUAAUUAUUAUUAUUAUUGAGGUCAUAACAUAAUAUAGGAAAGUGAUGUGUAAAUAGAAUAAUGGGAAUAGGUCAACUGCAGUUUCACCCAUACUUAUAGGCACAGACCCAGCUGCAGAUUUACCCAAUGUAUAUACCUAUUGCAAAUCUUACCAGUUCUAAAAUUAUCUAAUUUAUACAAUCUUGGACAAAUCCAUAUUUACUAAUUCACUCCUUUUUAUAAAUGAAAAUCCAAUUACAUUUUGUAAUAACCGAUUUACACAACAAUUUUGCAUGAAUUAGUCCAAUCAGUUGAAUGAUUACAAUAUUUUGAUUGACUAAACAAUACACUUGACCGAUCAUUAUGUAAUAUUUUUGUUCUUGUAUUCUAUGGUUUAGGUCACUGCCAAUUUGUCCAACAUAGAAUUCAAUAAAAUUUGUGCAUGUAAUUUUAUAAACCAUUACAAUUACUAGGGUAAUAUUUAUCAGUGUUUAUGAUAGAAUUCCUAAAUGCAACAGUGAUAUUAUAUUGUUUUCGCAAUUUAAGAAUUUCAUUGAAGUUAUCAUGAAAUUGCAGAGUCAUUGUAUUGUUUCUUUUUGAAGCUAAACGUAUCUUGAGUAAUUUGACUGUCAGUAAAAGACUUCAGUUAUAUUAAACUGAAGCCUAUUGGAUAAAUAGCACUAAUUUCAUCUACAAAUUCUUGUGGAUUCUUACAACUAAAUCUAAUUUUUUUUAUUGUUAUUCUUGCAUCAUGGACACAUUGUGCCUCUUGCAAGUAUUUUCUACUUGUUCUCCAGGGCUUGCUGCAGCUUUUCUCUCAGCCUUAAGUCUCAAACUAAAACGUCAGCUGAAGUUUCUUAGGAAUUGCUUGAAGGAACAAAUCUUAACAAAUUGUUGUUUCUUAAUAGUAUCCUUAGUUUGAAAGCUUGCCCCUUUAA